GGCAAUAGGAAUGACACAAAUGAACAUUGAACACGUCAAACAAAAAUAGUUUUGUGUUUUACGAAGAUACGAAAUGAUGUUUUGAAAAUGUAUUUAUUGACAGCCUUACGAUUUUGGAGUGCGUAGAAAUUUCACUGGUUAAUUCGUAUGAAAAUUUUAGUGCAUCGGCGAAUCGCAAAAGUACCAAAAUGAAGGCUUUACUAGCAACUGUGAUCAGUCUUGGACUUACGACUGUGGUUAUCGGCAAUGCCUACUACCAGAAGAAACAGUUUUAUCCUUCGAUAGUUUAUCUAACAAAUUCCAAUCCCAGCAUGGCUGUAAUGUAUUUGCAAGCUUUUAUACUGGUUUUACUAGUGGGUAAACUAUUGAGGAAGAUAUUCUUUGGGCAGCUUCGUCCAGCAGAAUUUGAGCAUUUGAUUGAGAGAUCCUGGUAUGCUAUAACUGAAACAUGUUUAGCAUUCACUGUGUUCAGAGAUGAUUUCAAUCCAAAAUUUAUUGCGCUGUUCACCCUUCUGCUGUUUCUCAAAGCAUUCCAUUGGCUUGCUGAAGACAGAGUUGACUAUAUGGAGAGGAGUCCUGUAAUAGGAUUGUUGUUCCAUGUGAGGAUAUUGACAUUGCUGAUGCUGUUGGCUCACGCAGACUUCUACUUCAUCCACCAUGCGUACCAGUUCACAGCCUCGAAGGGUCCCUCGGUACAACUGGUGUUCGGCUUUGAGUAUAGCAUUUUAAUAAUAAUGAUAGUCAAUAUAUUGAUCAAGUAUGUGCUCCAUGCAAUUGACUCACGCUGGGAAGCCCCUUGGGAGAGCAAAGCUGCGGUCCUACUGUACACAGAACUGGCCAUCAACUUCCUCAAAGUAUUGCUCUACAUCGGCUUUGUGGCAGUCAUGGUCAGGAUCUACACCCUACCACUCUUUGCAUUCCGACCCAUGUAUGAGACUAUGAGGAGCUUCAAGAAGGCGUACAAUGACGUGGUACUAUCUAGACGGGCUAUUCGGAAUAUGAACACUCUGUAUCCGGACGCGACACCCGCAGAACUUGCCGCCGCUGACAACGAGUGCAUCAUUUGUCGUGAAGAAAUGCAUACAGGAGCCAAGAAGUUACCGUGCAACCACAUAUUCCACGCCGCUUGCCUUCGGCUGUGGUUCCAGCGGCAGCAGACGUGUCCUACGUGCCGACUGAACGUGCUGCGAGCGCCGGCCCCCGAGGCGGGCGGAGCGGCGGGCCCCGCGCCGGCGCCCGCGCACCCCGGCCUGGCGCCGCACGUGCCGCACGUGGCGCCCACGCCGCCGCCGCCCGGCCCUGUGCCACCGCCCUUCCCUAAUAUGCCACCCCCACCACCAAUGAUGGCGUGGGGUAUGCCACCGCCGCCGCCGCCCCGACCCGCGUCCCUCGCCAACCUGACCACUGCUGAGCUGCAACGUAUGGAGGGCAAUGAGCGCAGAAACAUUGAGGCCCGACUACAGUUACUCCGAGAGAUUCAAGCUAUGCUGGACGCAUCUGUACUGCUGAUGCAGCAAUACUCGACAGUUGUAGCCAACUUGCCGCAGAACAACGCCACCGUGUCUACUCAAACGGAAACGAGAUUAGAAGAGUUGAACAAGGAAUCCCAGGAGCCGACGUCUCAAGUGAAAACUGAACCCGACGUAGUACCAACCACCUCAAGCUACAAGCAACCGACGCCCAUCCCCUCCACCAGCAAAACUAUCCUCACGGACGACCUGAGUCCCAUGCAGCCCGACACUACUACCCCUGUAGACACUAAUAGAGACAAGACUGAUGUGGAUGCAGCCGACGAGCUGAGAAGACGUCGAUUGCAGAAGUUCGCGAUGGAUAAAUGAGCUUGUUUAUA